CAGGCUGCGGGCGGGGUUUCCCGGCUGGGUGAUGGCCGCUUCUGCCGGGUGAAGCAGCCGAGUGAGCAAAAAAAAAGAGCCCCCCCUGUGAGCUUGGCUCGGCACUGAAAACCAGCCAGAGUCCUUCAAAACACUAAAAAAGGAAAAAAAUCCACUACCUGAUGAAACCAAGUGAAUCAGGGACACGGCGAGCCACAGGAACCCCGUCCCGGCAUACAGUAAAGCAAAAGAACCCCGGCCUUGAGCUUCCAGGGCUUGACAGGCAGCACUGUUGUACUAUAAAAGUAACCAGCUUUACUGCACUGAUGUAAAGCAGGGGAAACAAACCGAGCCUGAAAUCGCAUUCACUGACGUGAACACCUAUUGGCUCAACACUAACGCAGGGGGAAGCAGCCAACACUCAACAAUUGGAUAUAAGGAGGACAUGAAAUAUAUUCAUUUAAUUGGAAUUAAAGGAUAAAUUAAGGAUUACACAGUAUUGGGUACAGGGUUUUCUGUGCGCUUUAAACAAAAAGAUUAUUGGAGGUGAUUGUGCGGUUUUUUGGAUCACAGCAGUUUGUUUGUAACUUAGUUAUAGUUUGCUACACUACAGUAACAAAAAUAUACCUUUGGCUUUGUCCUGAAGAGAAUUAACCCCGAUUUAACCCUAAUUUGGCACCGGUGUAAAUCAGAACAUCAUCCGUCUCCCAGUGGAUAUCUCCCCGCAGAACGCUUUUAUUAAUGUUUGUAUUCAUCACAUCCUGAGAAGGAAGAACUACAACACACUAUCGGCACAAUGAAUCUGUCAUUUGGGAAGGCACAAUAGGGAUUUGCCACUUAUUUGGAAUCUUUAGUAGGUUUUAGUAUUUUUGUUUUUUUUUUUGACGUGCGAAGUAACUUUUUGAUUAUAAAAUCUCCUCGGGAAGCACUUUUUGGACCUGUAGAACCGUAACGGGGGAAUGGCAUUGAACUGAACGAGUUGGAAACUAUCUGGAAAUUGAAGAUUUCUGCUCCGUCUCGUGUCGGAAGGUGAAGUCAAGCCAAGAUGGCAGGAGCAUCGGUGAAGGUGGCAGUCCGUGUCCGGCCAUUUAAUUCCCGGGAGAUUGCGCAUGAUGCCAAGUGUGUCAUCCAGAUGCAGGGUAACACCACCUGUAUUUCCAACCCCAAGCAGCCCAAAGAUUCUGCCAAGAACUUCACCUUUGAUUAUUCUUAUUGGUCACACACUACGGCUGAAGACCCAAACUUUGCCUCCCAGUGCCAGGUGUACAAAGAUAUUGGAGAGGAGAUGCUGCUGCACGCGUUUGAAGGAUAUAAUGUCUGUAUAUUCGCCUACGGACAGACCGGAUCUGGGAAAUCCUACACCAUGAUGGGCAAACCUGAAUCUGAGCAGCAUGGCAUCAUCCCGCAGUUAUGUGAAGAUUUAUUUGCCCGCGUAUCUGCAAACAGGAGCCCAGACCUGUCCUGUUCGGUGGAGGUGAGUUAUAUGGAAAUCUACUGUGAGCGAGUGCGAGACCUGCUGAACCCCAAGAGUAAAGGGAACCUGCGUGUGCGGGAGCACCCUAUCAUGGGCCCUUACGUGGAGGAUCUCUCUAAAUUAGCCGUCACCUCCUACCACGACAUAGCUGACUUGAUGGAUUGUGGGAAUAAAGCCAGGACAGUGGCGGCUACCAACAUGAACGAGACCAGCAGCCGCUCACACGCAGUCUUCACCAUUGUGUUCACUCAGAAGCGGCACGACGAGAUGACUAACUUGGACACUGAAAAGGUCAGUAAAAUCAGCCUGGUGGAUCUGGCUGGGAGUGAGAGAGCCGAUUCCACGGGGGCCAAAGGAACCAGACUGAAGGAAGGAGCAAACAUAAACAAGUCUCUAACGACGCUUGGAAAAGUAAUUUCUGCUUUGGCUGAGAUGCAAAACAAGAAGAAAAAAUCAGAUUUUAUCCCCUACCGAGAUUCUGCCCUAACCUGGCUGCUGAAAGAGAAUUUAGGGGGAAACUCUCGCACCGCCAUGAUUGCAGCUCUCAGCCCGGCCGAUAUCAACUAUGAGGAGACUCUGAGCACACUCAGAUACGCAGACCGUGCCAAGCAGAUCAAGUGCAAUGCUGUCAUCAAUGAAGACCCCAACGCCCGGCUGAUCCGCGAGCUGAAGGAAGAAGUGGCCAGACUGAGGCAGCUGCUGUACAGCCAGGGCCUGGAAGAUAUUGUAAUAGAUGACAGUGCUUCUGCCCCUCAUCCUCCAAGCCCCGCCGCCGCACCCGUUUCUCCCCCACCCUUACCAGGAUCCCUCGCUCCUCUUGCUUCCCCCACCCAGAACGGGCAGUCGGAGCCAUUCCCGGAGGGGGAGGACGCCGCCGAGAUUUGCACAGAGGAAGCCAUGGAGAGGCUACAGGAAACUGAGAAGAUCAUCGCUGAGCUCAACGAGACCUGGGAGGAAAAGCUGCGCAAAACGGAAGCCCUCAGGACGGAGAGGGAAGCUCUCUUGGCAGAGAUGGGAGUAGCUGUGAGAGAAGAUGGUGGCACCGUGGGAGUUUUCUCACCAAAAAAGAUCCCUCACUUGGUGAAUCUAAAUGAAGAUCCUCUGAUGUCCGAGUGCCUGUUGUAUCACAUCAAGGAGGGAAUCACACGGGUCGGCCAAGUCGAAGUGGACAUAAAGCUGAGCGGUCAGUUCAUCAAGGAGCAGCACUGUUUGUUUCACUGCGACACCAAUCCAAGCGGGGAAGUAAUUGUCACCCUGGAACCUUGUGAAGGAGCAGAGACCUACGUCAAUGGGAAACUGGUGACACAGGCCUUGGUGCUAAAGUCUGGCACUAGGAUCGUUAUGGGAAAGAACCACGUCUUUAGGUUUAAUCACCCUGAGCAGGCUCGCCUGGAAAGGGAGAGGAGCAGCGCCGCAAUAGAGAACCCGUCAGAACCCGUAGACUGGAAUUUCGCUCAGAAAGAGCUGCUGGAGAAGCAGGGGAUUGACAUCAAGCUGGAGAUGGAGAAAAGGCUGCAAGAUUUGGAGUAUCAGUACAAAAAAGAGAAGGAGGAGGCUGACCUUACCCUGGAACAGCAGAGAUUGUAUGCGGAUUCCGACAGCGGGGACGACUCCGACAAGCGAUCCUGCGAGGAAAGCUGGCGUCUGAUUUCAUCCCUACGUGAGAAAGUGCCAGCCGGUCGGGUGCAGAGCAUUGUGCGGCGCUGCGGGCUGCCGAGCAGCGGGAAGAAGCGGGAACCCAUCCGAGUCUAUCAGAUCCCACAGAGGCGGCGGCUGGGCAAGGAUCCCCGGUGGCUCACACUGGCCGACCUGAAAAUGCAGGCGGUGAAAGAGAUCUGCUACGAGGUGGCCCUGAACGACUUCAAGCACAGCCGCCAGGAGAUCGAGGCCAUGUCCGUCAUCAAGAUGAAGGAGCUGUGCCGAACCUACGGCAAGCGGGACAUCAACGAGAAGGAGCUGUGGAAGGCGGUAGCCCGGGACGUCUGGGAUACGGUGGGCGUCGGGGAGGAGGACGCGGGGACUAAGAGCGUCAGUGGGGUGCAGGACCUAAAGGCGCACAUUGACAAGCUCACUGACAUCCUGCAGGAGGUGAAACUACAAAACAACAUGAAGGAUGAGGAGAUCCGCAGCCUGAGGGACAGGAUGAUCAAGAUGGAGAGGGUCAUGCCACUUGCCCAAGAUAACGGGGAUGAGGAUUAUCUAGACGAGCAGUCCUUACCUUGGUACUCCAAUGAAAACCAGGAGAUCCCUGAGCCCAGCGGGAGCGGCCUCUCCCCCGAUCACUCUCCCAAAGAGCCACGAGUAGAUCAGUUGAUGGAUGAAGACGCCACCUUUCGCCGCGGGAGAAUGCGUUGGUUGAAGCAAGAGCAGACCCGCAUCCAGAACCUGCAGCAACAACAGAUAAACCGCGGCCGGCGUCUUCCUGGCACGGGGAGAUUCAUUCCACCGCUGGAGUGCAAGCUUCGCUUUCCCUUUAAGAGUAACCCCCAGCACCGCUUCUCCUGGGCUCCGGGCACCACUUAUGUAGUCGAGGAUUUGAACUGCGGCUGGCCCAGUGACAGUAGGAGGGGAGAAGAGGAAUCCGACAAGAGGGGAGGUCGGCGGCAGAGAAGGCAGGGGGACGGCGACUAUCACAAGCAGCGCAGGAACUCGCUAGAUGGAGGCUCAAACCGGGGGAGAAGAUCUCAGCCCAGACAGAAUCGGCAAAAUGGCGAGGAAUACCAACAUAUGGGAAGGGGAGGCCAGGGAAGCGAGCUGGGGGGUCGGCAGCAACGUCAGCCGGCACCCCCAUCAGAUAGACCCUACAAAUACCACCCGUAUACGGCCCCGCCCAGAAUGCGCCGGCAGAACUCGGCCCCAGAGCUGAUAGAGAAUGGCACGGCCGUGUGAAGAGGAGAGCGAAUGUUAGAGAAAGUCGAGGGGAAUGUGAGAGCUAAGUACGGAGGGGCAGAAGGGACUGAGGGAACGCCCCUCCUGGAAGGACUCUGUAUGUCGUGGAAGAGAAGGAACCUGAUCUGAGGAGGGAAAUGGUGCAACUUUGGAAACUUUCGGUUUUCUUUGGAUCCCACUAAUAUUUAGUUUUCACCCAUUAUCUCGAGUGUUUUUAUUUUUCUUUUCCUUGGGUUUGAGAGGAUGAAUUCGUUCCUCUCCGGCCAUAACUAGCUGCUAUUGGAGAUAGGUGUCCCCGGCACGUAAGGACUUCCUGCUCAGACUUAACCAAAGGCACCGUUACAAUCGGUGGGGAAUGGGGCGGCCCCAUAUUCUCCCCAGCUGAACGACUGUGCUGAGCCGGGACCUGCCUCACUGCCAGCUGCGGCCCAUAUGGACCCUUUCUGCCCUUAGUUACCCCACGGUGGCUCACUGUAACCAAACAGCACUGUCAAAGGGAUAUAUCUGUACCAGUGAGGGUGUAUUUAUGUACGUAUGUACAUAUAUAAAUACCGGGUGUGUGUAUAUACACAGUUAUAUGUAUACGGCUAUACAUAGAGACACACAAACACAUAUAUAUAUAUAUGACCAUAUGUAUAAAUGUGUGUAUGUGUGUGUGUAUAUAUAUACAGCCAGGAACUGUAUGGAACCCUAACGCCUGUCCUGUUUUACACUAAUAUUGAUUGCACUGUCUCACAUUGAAGAAUACAAUCUAGAGUUUAGAGUGGGGGCUGGAAACCCAGAAGGAAAAGGUUGCUCGGCCCCCCCAAAGCGCACACUGUAUUGUUAGGUUUGGUUAGGCCCGGUUAGCUUAUCUACCUCCCCGUAACCCCACCCUCUUCCUCACUGCAGAGAAGCCAUUGGCUGGAAAUAUGGCCGACUGCCGCUGCUGUGCCCUGUUCCAGCCGAGACUUGCCCCAGACACUAACGCCCCGUCACACUGCCCUAUUUAACUGCUUCAUCUUUGUGAGACUUAUUUAAACGCCGUUAUCAUUUAGCUGUUUUAUUUGGGGGGGAUUGGGCUUGGAAAUGUUUGCUGAAUCAUGAUGAACCUGAGUGGGAUGGGGAUGUGCUCCUUGCGCUCAAUUCAGAGAAACUGCCGACUGGUGAAAGGGGUGAGCGGGCGGAGUGGCGACUGCCAGUCUGUUGAUGAAAUGCAAUAAAGUGGGGCCGCAGUCUGUGCUCUGUCUCUGCCCCCAACAUCUAAA